AUGAGCCAAUCCAAAAUCAGCCUUCAAUUGGAGAGAGUGUACAAUGAACAGCGCAAAGCUGCUACCCUUGCUUCUACAGCAACUGGAUUUAUAAUGUCGAUUUGCUUCUUUGGCCUUCCACUUAUGUGGUCUGGAUUUUUCAAAGUGAUGCAAGUGCCAGCAACGAUUGUUUGCUCUAAUGAUCCAUGGAGUGGAAUCACUGAUCUUUAA